GAUCGUGCCAUCACGUGAUAAGGUCGCGCGUAACGCGUGUGUUUGUUGACGAGGACCAGGGUCAUCGACGUCCAGCUUGGGACUCCAUCAUCUCCUUGAGGUCGACAAAGACUUGAAAUUCUACAUUUCAGUCAGAAGACUGACAUGGACAACGACGGAGAUAUCCCAGUCUACUCCGAGCGUCAUCUUGCACUCUUUCAACUUGUCAAAGACGCUUUGGAUGACCUUCCUGUCUUGCAUGCUUCCGUUAUUCCAAAGGACGAAUCUUGCGCCAUAUGUCUUACUCCUUUUGAUGCCAUACUUGCUGGCGAGGUGCCCCAGGAAGGAGAAAUAGAAGAUGGCGUUACACAGGUGGCGGGCUGUGGACACUUAUUCUGCCGGAAGGACCUUUCAGAGUGGAUACGAAACUUUCACGGCAGUUGUCCAACGUGUCGACAUCCUUUUCUGGAUAUAAAGCCGUAUACCGAGUCUGACGCAGAAUCCUCUGAUGACGAGUAUUUUCCAGACGAUGAAGAUGAGGAAGAAGACGACUUCUUUGGGAUGGAUGAUUUCGACGACGAAUUCGAGGUGGAGGAGAUGGAAGUAGACUUGGAUGACAUCUGGGGUUAUGUUGACCUGAAUGCUGGUGACGAGUCUGACGAUGAGGAAGAAGAUCCCGAACCAGAUAUUGACGGUCUGCUUGAAGAGAAUCUCGAACGAUCCCGCAGCGUAUCUGAUGCUGACGAUGACGUAGAGGCAGAUGCUACUUGCGGAGAUUCGUCUCCACGCGAUAAAUAGGCUUCUCGAGGUAAUUUAUUGAUGCACAUUG